AUGACUGUAAACUCGAAUACGAGUCAGACCCUCAUUACCGCCAGCUUGGCUGCCUCGCCAAAUGGCCGAAUCAACGGAUGGAGUGAUCAACCCAACAGCAGAGGCACAUUGGACAUCUUAUGGAGGUGCCUUAGUACAACCUUUCUAUGCACAUACACAAUCCUUUGUUUAAAUUGCCCAGCCCGCAACGAGGGCUUCUGGCGAAAUCAAGCACGGAAGCUAUUAUGGAUAGCGAUUGCGAUCGCGGGACCCGAAUUUGUGUUGACCACAGCUGCCGGACAGCUUGUAACGGCUCGAGAUUUGGUCAAGUCAUUCCACGCGCUUGGUGUCACGACAUGGACAUACAGACACGGGUUAUACGAAAACAUGGGUGGGUUUGAGCUUGUUCCAGCCGAUGGCGGAGCUUUCCGUAUCAACUCCAAGCACGUCCACUGGCUUGUCUCCAGAGGUUACAUCAAUGUCCCAGAGGUCUCGGACGAAGAACUCUGGCAUAAGUCUAAGCAGGAUACAAUUGCAAAGUUGAUCACCUGUUGUAUUGGACGAGCGGCCUAUGGUCUCGCCGUGACCACUAUUGAGCUAUCUACCGUGGCAAUCGCGGGCUGCACUCUCAUGACAAGUAUCUGCUGGCUGCAUAAACCACUGGAAGUUUGCUAUCCCGUACAAAUAAAAAUGAACAUCUCCAUGGGACAGGUCCUCCAAGAAGCUAGUCCUAUUUCGGCACGAGCUUAUCGACAAACACCGCUAGAUUUCGUCGAUGAUCUCCGACCCAGCUGGGCCCUCAAUAUCCAAACUUUUAUGAAAGACCCAUCCCGUGGAUGGGAGAUAGCCGGCUGCCAGCAGAUUCUAUGGAGAGUGUCCAGUCUUAUUCUACUAGGUACUACUGUUGCAUUUUGGAUUCUCAAGAGCAUGGCGAGGUGGUAUCGCUCCGGAGGUGGACAAGAAAUUUUGAUCAAUCCAUUUACUACCAGGACUGCUACUGUCGACUCUGUGGGUUCUACUGAGCUGAAACAGACCUAUACCGAAGAUGAUAAUACUUAUCUACAUGAAACCCCAUUCGAGCCUUAG